GAGACAUGUUACCAUCAACUCCUCUAAGUGGAAGACCCCAGUGGAAGUCAAAGAAGACACUGGUUGUCCCAAGACACAAUCAAGCCUACCAUUCCCCCAGUGCAACAAUGGGCAUCAGGGGCCUUCCACCUGCAGUUGAAGAACCAGACCCUGGAGUGGGACUUGGGGUAGAAGAGGGGCUACUUUGCCAAUUGCUUCAUUCUCCAGAGUUUAACUUGUUUCCCAACUCAGCUGUCUUUGAAAGCAACUUCAUCCAGGUCACAAAGAAAUGGAGAAACAUCUGUGAUGCAUCUACAACUGUGGCUCUUGGUGUGACCUCAUCAGUGGCAUGCCUUCCUCUUCCCAACAUUUUCCUGAUGGCCAAAGUCAAAUGGCCCAAAGGGCAAUCUCCAAAGUGGAUCAGACCAGUAGAAGCACCAACUAUCACCCUCAAAAGGAUUCUCCCACUAAAGUUUGUGGAACUCCAAAUUUCUGACUGGUCCCGGCGUAUCCUGAGGGUUCGGACAGUUACUGAAAAAAUUUACUACCUAAAACUCCACUUGGAUCAUCCUGAGGUUGUCUUCCAGUUCUGGGUCCGGCUGCUAUAUAUUCUGGAGAGUGGACUGUCCAUUACCACUAAAGACCCGAGAAUUCAUGUGACUCAUUGCCUGGUGCCCAAGAGGGGCAAACCCUCUAGGAAUGCCCCAGAAAUGCUAGAAAUUAGCAGCCCACCACCUGCUGGACCGAGUGAGAGCCUGUCUCUUCUUAUGGCCAAGGGAUUUUCUGAAGCUUCUUCAAAGUGUUCAGCAGUCUUGAGGCAGCAAAAGAAAGCAGCUAGGACCAGUAGCUUCAAUAUCAUGGAGAUUAUCAGAGAUGGUCAGACAAGCAACUCAGAAAAAGAAACUUCCUCCCAAGAAAGCAUUCAAAGAAACGAAGGAGACCUACACUUGAGAGACUCUUUCUGUCACAGCAUAUGGGAAAGAGAAGAUCCCUGCGGGCUACAGCCACUGUCUCUCCUUAGCACCCUAGCAGCCUCCACUUUUUGCUCUGGCCCACUGCCUUAGGGGGUGCAGUCGUGAUCAUACAGUGGAUUUUGCAGCAGAAUGUAUUCAACAGCAGCAAAAAAAAGGGAUGAUUGGCAGAACAAUAAGGUAGUCAACGACAGAAGGCAGUCUGGAGCUGUCUGAAAAGGUGGCUGAUGGCCUUGAAGGGAUUCAUUUGAAGGUGUCUAGGAACAGCAGCAGCUAGUAGCAACAGAAACCUGCAGCUGUCAGUCAGCAACAACAGCAACUGGUAACCAGAGGGGCAGAGAAGACAGGUGACAGCAGAGGCAGUGACCAAACAUGCAUCUCUGGAAUCAACCAAGGCUCAAAAGGAAAUGACAACAGGGAAAAUGAACUCAACAGCAGCAGAAAAGUUGAAUUUCAAAGCUGCCCCAAGGCAGUACAAAACUACGAAUGUCAAGGUAGACCCUUUAAAAAUUAUGAUGGAAAUUGGACAAGUGAUACUAAAGUGGCCAAACUACACAACCACUCUGACAAUCUGUCUUUAGUGAGAAAACUAAGGAAAAGUGAUCUGGGCAAUUAAGAAGUCAUAAAGGCCUUCUUAAUACAGGUGUGGUGAUAAGAAAGCCAAAGCUGAUAGAGCUUGCCAUAUCUGGAAUGCACUCCCUGUCACCUCCACCUUUCUAGAAUCCUUAGCUUCCUUCAAAUACAACUCAGGUGCUACAGAAGCCUGUCCCCAAUUCCCCCCAGUAGU